AUGCCCCCUCACCGAGCUCUCCAGAUAGUCGAGGUUGUUCGUGAGAUUUGCCUCUAUUUCAAUGCUCCUGUGUCAUUCUUCAGGAAUGUCUUGAUGUGCCUCGCCCUCGUCAACAAAACCUUUUCGCAGAUCGCUCUCGACCUGCUUUGGGAGGAACUCGACGAUGUCGUAUACGCCUUCAGAUUGUUCACGGCGUUCGAAGGCAUCCCUGCGCGUAAACAUUUCGAGGCGUUUAGUGCUGGUGCAUAUAGCAGGGGCUCGCCCCUGCACUACGAAUGGAUUCGCUUCCGCUCAUAUGCGUUGCGAGUACGAACUCUUCGCUUAGAUUUUGGACUCUCUCCCACCCCCGGAGCUGCAGUGCUUGCACACCUAACACGUCUGAACCCCUACCGCACACUCUUGUUCCCAGGCCUGCGCUCUGUUAAUUGGAUUCGCAGUUCGAUCUUGGACUCCAGCAUUAAUGCAUCCCGAGUGCUGCAUGAUUGCUUCCGGAGCAAUAUCAUACGAUGCGAGGACGACAUUCAUCACAAGGUCUCACUACAGAUUAUAUCCUCCGUCACAGCCGCAUCGCUGCAGCGUAUAGCCAUCCACUACAUCUCGCACCCAUCCGCUUAUCCGCCAACUCUCUGGUCAUGCAAUCUCCGUUCCGUCAACCUCGAUUGUCCACAUGUGGGUGUCGAUAUCAUCAAUGCGCUCCGGAGCUUGGAGCGCCUAGAGACGCUCGAAUUGAUGGCGGAUCAUAUUACGGGUGAAGUCACGCAUUCUUUCGGCUUCUGCGCACUGCGGACCCUUUCUCUGGGCAGAAAUCUGCAGCUGGUUACGGAUAUAUUGCCCAGCGUCCAGUCACCAGUUCUUCACCAGUUCGAAACACAAGUUAACGAGGGCACCCUGGAGAAGUGGCAUGAAUGCUUGUCCAUCGUCUCCUCCCAAUUUUCGUCGUCGUUGCGUUCCAUCUCUAUCCACGUGUAUACAGGCGACUCCGAGAAUACGCAAAAUCUCAUAUUUGCAGAGCUCAUGGAGCCAAUCUACUCGAUACAUGGCCUUGAGGUCCUAAGCUUAGAAGUGUCUGGGUGCGACCGCCGGCACUUGAAGGAGCGUGACUUCUCGAGAAUGGCACGCUCCUGGUCCAACUUACGCACCUGCAACACUCUCUUCGACUCCAGAUGGGCAUGCGAUCCUCACAGCCCACCGGUCCUUCAUCCUCGUGUCAUGGCGGAGUUCUUGCAACUUUGUCCGAAACUAGAGACGCUAGUCGUGCCGAAGGUCGACAUGUCCCCGGAUGCUUUGACCACACUGCCGCCAUUCAAGUCCUCUGCCCUUUAUUGGCUUGAUUUCGGAUAUUGCAAAAGCACAGCCGUGCCACACCCAGAUUUCCUGGCACGUUACAUCGAUUCCAUGGCGCCGAAUCUGGACCUCGGCUAUAUGUUAGGAAGUAUAGUGAACGAUGAAUCGGUGGAAGAUGACGCUUCCUCCGGAGAAGGAGGUGACUCUGAUAACGAAGGCAGCGCGGACGCUGACGACGGGGAUGAUGCAGGCUCUGUUAGCGAGGAUGGCACUGGCGUCGAUGAUCAAGAGAACCCGCUCAAUAUCUUGUCGCGUCAUGAGGAUCCCCCUGAAUCGAAGGACGAGUACAGCUCUACUCCUGCUAGAAGCGCUGUGCCUACGUGGCAUGACACCAUACGUCUCAUGUAUGACAUACGACGUCAACGGUAUGUUCUCUUACGCUUCCUGGUCGUACGCAAUCUUAAACGAUUGCUCGUUGUUGUGCCGUGGUCGCUGGCCGAGAUGUAUACUGGCUGGUCAAUGCAUUCUGACUUCUGCUUUGUUGUGUACUUCACGGGAAUCGUCGAGGAUGCUGGGCAACAGCCCUUUAUUGUUUACGUUCGUAACAACACCUUGGGAGUUGUGCCUCAUGAAAGCUCUAUACCAUCACCUUCCAUCACCCGCCGGGUAUACUUGGGCAGGCCUAUCGCACUAGAUGACAAGUGUCGCGCCACUGGUGCCGUAAGUAAGACUGGAUAUCGCUGCAUCGUAUUCCAUAAACCCUGCGCCUCGAUGGCUAUUUUUGCCCUGCUCGCACACCGCCCGCAUCGAAAUAGCCCUUUUGUCGCACGAAUUGUUCCACAGUUUUCCCCCGGUACAGUACCCCUGCCAAUGAAAAGGCAUGUGUCCUGA